UGAAAAACUGCGUAACCCACUGCUGGUUGAGAUAGACGGGGCAGAAAGGUUGCCUUUCUGGGUCGUAGGCGCUAUCUGGAGCUUUGCUGCACUUUUAUGCGAAACGACAGCGGAUUGAGAAGACCUGCCGAGAGUUGAAGCGGAGGAUGUGGAAGUUACUAAGAAACUGUACAGAUUUUAUUCAGUCAUUCUGGAGGGAUUAUGAAAAAUUUAGAAGGAGAGAUUGGAUGAGUUUAGCCACUGAGGUUUUCCCGGGUUUCCUCUCCAGAAGUUCCUGUUCUUACAUGGUAACAGAGAGCUUGAGAUAAGAGAGUGAAAAUGGCAGUGUGGAUUCAGGCCCAGCAGCUGCAGGGAGAUGCUCUACACCAGAUGCAAUCUCUUUACGGGCAACACUUCCCCAUAGAGGUGCGACACUACCUGUCCCAGUGGAUAGAGGGACAACUCUGGGAUGCGAUAGAUUUAGAGAACCCUCAGGAGGAGAUUAAAGCCAAGCGUUUAUUGGACAGCCUGAUCCAGGAACUACAGAAGAAAGCAGAGCAUCAAGUGGGAGAGGACGGCUUCUUACUCAAGAUUAAAUUAGGACAUUAUGCUUCACAGCUAAAGAGCACGUAUGACCGCUGUCCCCUGGAGCUGGUGAGAUGCAUCAAACACAUCCUGUACACAGAGCAGAGACUCGUCAGAGAGGCAACUAAUUCGAGCUCACCGGUGGGCGGCCUGAUGGACAGCAUGUCACAGAAGUACCAUCAGAUAAACCAGGCAUUCGAGGAGCUCAGAAUAUUGACUCAGGACACAGAGAAUGACCUCAGAAAACUACAGCACAACCAGGAGUACUUCAUUAUACAGUACCAGGAGAGCCUCAGAAUACAGGCUCAGUUAUCAAGUCUGGCCACGCUGCCUCCAGCAGACCGACAGCUACGAGAGCCCAGCCUGCUCAGCAAGAGAGCCACCGUCGAGGCCUGGCUGACCCGAGAGGCCAACACCCUGCAGAAAUACAGACUGGGCUUGGCAGAGAAACACCAGAAGACGCUGGCAUUGCUUCGUAAACAGCAGACGGUGAUUCUUGACGACGAGCUGAUUCAGUGGAAGAGACGUCAACAGCUGGCUGGCAAUGGUGGGCCGCCCGAGGGAGGACUGGACAUACUACAGUCAUGGUGUGAGAAGCUAGCGGAAACCAUUUGGCAGAAUCGUCAGCAGAUACGGAGGGCGGAGCAUCUGAGACAGCAGCUGCCCAUUCCCGGCCCCAUCGAAGAGCUGCUGACCGAACUCAACAGCACCAUCACGGACAUCAUCUCAGCUUUAGUCACCAGCACCUUCAUCAUCGAAAAGCAGCCUCCUCAGGUGCUGAAAACACAAACUAAAUUUGCUGCGACAGUGCGUUUGCUGGUAGGUGGCAAACUGAAUGUGCACAUGAACCCACCGCAGGUCAAAGCCACCAUCAUCAGCGAACAACAAGCCAAGGCCCUGCUCAAGAACGAAAACACCAGAAAUGACAGCAGUGGUGAGAUCUUGAAUAACAACUGUGUGAUGGAGUACCACCAGACUACAGGCACUCUCAGUGCACACUUUAGAAACAUGUCUCUGAAGCGGAUCAGGCGUUCAGACCGACGAGGGGCAGAGUCUGUUACUGAGGAGAAGUUUACCAUUUUGUUUGAAUCACAGUUCAGUGUUGGGGGAAAUGAGCUGGUAUUUCAAGUUAAGACUCUCUCUUUGCCUGUGGUAGUAAUUGUUCAUGGAAGUCAGGACAACAACGCCACGGCCACCGUUCUGUGGGACAACGCAUUCGCUGAACCGGGACGGGUGCCUUUUAUUGUGCCCGACAAGGUGUUGUGGCCACAGCUGUGUGAGGCUCUGAAUAUGAAGUACAAGGCAGAGGUGCAAUCAAAUCGAGGUCUGUCUGAGGAGAAUCUCGUCUUUCUUGCUCAGAAAGCCUUCAGCAGUUCCAGCGUCAACCCGGAGGACUACCGCAACAUGACCAUGACCUGGUCACAGUUUAACAGGGAGAGUUUACCAGGCAGAAACUUCACGUUUUGGCAGUGGUUCGAUGGUGUGAUGGAGCUUACUAAAAAACACCUGAAGCCUCACUGGAAUGAUGGGGCGAUUCUUGGCUUUGUGAAUAAGCAGCAAGCUCAGGACAUGCUGAUGUCUAAACCCAACGGUACCUUCCUGUUGCGCUUUAGUGACUCUGAAAUUGGCGGCAUCACCAUAGCCUGGGUGGCAGAGAACCCUAACAAAGCAGGAGAAAGGAUGGUGUGGAACCUCAUGCCAUACACAACCAAAGACUUCUCUAUCCGCUCCUUGGCGGAUCGCAUCAGUGACCUGAAUCAUCUCCUGUUCCUCUAUCCUGACCGGCCCAAAGACGAGGUCUUCUCCAAAUACUACACCCCUCCGCUGUCUAAAGCUGUGGAUGGAUACGUCAAACCACAGAUCAAACAAGUAGUGCCAGAGUUUGCGACACCUAACCCCGACCCCGCAGCAAACCCCACCUACAUGGACCAUGCAGCGUCUCCAGCUGUCAGUCAGCCACAUGCGUAUGGACUCUAUCCUCCCAUUGGAGACCCGAUGCUGGACGCUGAUGGUGAUUUCGAUCUGGACGACACCAUGGAUGUAGCGAGGCAUGUAGAGGAACUGCUCCGCCGACCGAUGGAGGGCCAGUGGAGCAGCCAGCAGUCAUGACCUCUUGAACUUCAUCUGUGACUUCUCUCCUUAAACUAUGUUUUGUUUUGUUUUUUUAAAUACAUUUUUCUUAGUGUAUUUUCCCCAUUUGUUUCUCAGUGUGGGUCUUUACGACUUCUUUUUCUCUAUCAUCACACCUCUUUUUCUUUCCCCCAUCCCUCGUUUCUGUAGAAGAGAAAGGAGCUAAUGGAAGAAGAAAAAAAUACUAUGAGCCUUCCUCUAAUUAAAUACCACCAAACAGUAUUGUAGAAAAAAAAAAGAAAGGAAAGCGAGAGAGAUGCAUGUUAUCUCUUUUCCUUUAUGCGUGUGUUGUUUUUGUUUUGUUUACUGUACGGAACAUUUUUAUGUUUUUCAAAACUGUUUCAUGGUUGUAAUUUUAUUUUGAGGGUGUUCAGAUAUCUACAGCAUCUGAAGUAAAUGCAUAUUAUCCUUUGCACUCUUAAACGAAUGCUUUCUUGCAAACGAUGACAUUAAUGUUACCAUAUGGCGAUUGCACUGUAACGCUUCUGGACACUAAAGAGUGUUUAGGUUGCAAGGCUGUUAACAUUCGGUGCAGCUACAUCUAUGUCUGUGCUAAUCUGAACUGUGAACACAAGUUAAAGGAACACACCACUUUUUUUUCUUUUUUUUUUUUUUUUAAUAGGCCCAUUUUCCAAACAGUUGAGUUUUACCGUUUUUGAAUCCAAUCAGCCGAUCUCCGGGUCUGGCGGUAGCACUUUUAGCUGUAGUUUAGCAUAGAUCGUUGCAUCUGAUUAGAUGAAAAUGAAAUGGCUAGGAGCUAUCGUCUCAUUCCGGCGUAAUAAUGAAGGAUCUUUGCUGCUGUACCAUGGUGAUAUAAUGAUCAUUACGCCAGAAUGAGAAUAUAGUUCUAGUUAUUUCAGCCUACAAAAUUGCAACUUUUCUUACUACAUGAUGUAACUAUAGAAGAGUCGCGUUUUAAAUAGGAAAAAUAUCGAAACUCAUUUUUGAGCAUGAUGCUAACGGUCUAAUCCGAUUCAAUGAUCUAUGCUAAGCUACAGCUAAAAGGGCAGACCCGGAGAUCGGUUGAAUGGAUUCAAAGACGGUAAAGCUCGACUGGAGUUGGAAAAAAUGUAUAAAAAAAAAAAAAGUGUUCCUUUAAAUCCGCAUCCAAACCAGCAGCACACGACCUGUCACUCAGCCACGUUACCCGAAGUGAGGCACACAUGAGAAGUCCAUGCAUCCCGAGUACGGCGAUAGAAACACAUGGGGUAGAGAGAGGUCCGCUGAGCGCCUGGGCUCACGCUACACUACACAGGCCGUCUCUCGCUCUCUGUCUGUCUCUCUGCGGUGCAACAGGUGAUAACCUCAUCUGUUCUCAUGCUUUCCUCUCGGAACAAAACAAGAGAACUCGUCGUCAUGGUUACGCAUGCUGCUCCUCAUAUGCUCUUAUAAUUGGCCAUCCUAUAGGUUCGCAUUUCUGCAUGUCACCUUGUUACCGACCUGUAUCGUCGUUUCUCUCGUAUUCUGCACAGAAGCCUUAGCCACUCAGGACAUUGACGUACAGUUGAUGUAAAAUACAGAUGAUAAUAAUAAUAAUAAAAAUAAGAAGUAAAUAAAUAAGAAAUGACACAUUUAAAAUAAAGCACCUAUAUCCAGUAUAUAUGAAAUGUAUUUUUUUGUUAGCAUAUUUCUAUUUUAUUACUGUAGGGCGCUAGAUGGCUCCGCUGCUUUACUGUGUACGAUUGACAGUAGGAGCAGUGACGUACUGAUCCAAAACAAGUACUCAAAACUGCACAAAGGGUCGGUCGCUGCCAUCUCUGUAGUUUCAUUUCAGAUCUCAGCUGAUCGUUCGCAUGGAAGAAAAAGCCAAACAGUGAUGUUAGCACGAAGAGACGUUUUCUGUGUGCUUACUGUAUGCGUAACCUGCAAACCUGACUAAUGACACCCACUUUUAGAUGCCUGUAUUCAUUUUUUAAGGAUGGUUUGUUCCUCGCAGUGGAUAUUUGUUUUCCUCCCUCUCUUUCUCUGUCGUGGCAGAGACACAUAGGAAGUCGUGUGAUUUUUCUUGAUCUUUUUUAUUGUCUUUGUUUUCAAAAUGAUCUGUCAUGUUGUGGUGUAGACUGUUUCUCACUGUAGGUGUCAAGGUGUGUGUGUGAGUGAAUGCUUGUGUGUGUGUGUGUGUGUGUGUGUGUGUGUGUGUGUGUGUGUGUGUGUGUGUGUGCGUGUGUGUUGGCAUGUUCUGCUCUGCUCUGUUAUGUGUUCGUCCCACGUUUGUGGUUUGGCUGUAGAAAAGAGCAAUUGAAUUGACAAUAAAGGUUGUUUUUUUUUUUUUUUUAAGAAUUUGGACUCCA